UAGCAGCGAAUCGAAGGGCGAAUCGCCCAAUUACAUGAAUCCCUUUCAUCUCCGUUUCUUCUCUCCCUGAAUUCAAUUGCUUCGAUUGCCCCGUAAAUCACGUCGCCUUGUUCUUCUUCUAGUGCAGGGAAAGCGGAGCAGAUCGACAGCUUUUUUUGCAGAAAUUGAUUGAGACGUGAAGGAACGGGAAUUUUUUAUUUGUGUAUUAAAUAGGCGCAACAGAACAACGCAACGGUUCACCAUUAAUGUUCGUUGAUAUCUUCGUCGUGCUGAAGCUGUUCUGUAACUCUAGUUGGAUUUGAGUCUAUGUGUAUGUUUCCAGCGAUGUUAGGCGGUGGAAGCAGCACAAUUUCGGGUAGCGCCGGCCACGGAGGAGCUACCGCGACGCACCAGCGCCGCCGCGUAGCUGAAUAUUCGAUUAAUGACCUGGAGAAGGAGAAGAGCGGCGAUAAUGUGCAAAUUGAGUUGGAUUGUUCCAGAAGCGGAGGAGAUGAAGAACAAUUGUUGUUUAAUAAUAAUAGUAAUAGCAAUUCCUGCAACGGUUGCGUGUAUCAGUGCAACAGCUUGCACCACCACUAUCUCGUGAUGAGAUGCCUUUUGUCAUGUAAACGCCUGCCAGUAAAUUGGAUUUUGUUCGUGGAAGAAUGUUUGUUGAGUGCAUCGGGAGCUUUGAGUGCUGUGAUCUCGAGGAAGAACAUGGUCCGUACGAUUUUUGUGUUUCUUAUGAUGACGGCGGUUGUCUCGGUGUUUUUGCGGUUUUCUUUCUUAACGGCCGGCGGCGCGGUGGCGGAAUCCGUCGAGAGUUUGGUUAAGGCGGAGAAUGAGAUUUCAGUUAUUCCAAAUUUCAGGACCGAUCUCAUGGCUAAUGCUCACAUGGCAGUUUUCGAUUCAGAAUCAUCUUCCGGUGCUGCUUUACAGAAACGACAGAUGAAGGAAUUUCCGGUCGCAGAAAUAUGGACGAAGCCCAACAGCAAUGAUUUGUACCAAUGUAUAGCUCGACCCAAGAAUCAUAAAAGACCUGCAGCUCCCACAAAUGGCUAUAUUUUGGUUCAUGCCAAUGGUGGAUUAAAUCAAAUGAGGACAGGAAUUUGUGAUAUGGUUGCAGUAGCAAAGAUCAUGAAUGCAACUUUAGUACUUCCUUAUCUUGAUCACAAAAGCUUCUGGACAGAUCCAAGUGAUUUCAAGGACAUCUUCGAUUCGAAGCAUUUCAUCGAAACAUUGAAGGAUGAUAUAGACAUAGUCGAAAACCUGCCGCCACAAUAUGCAUCAGUGAAGCCUCUAAUUAGAGCACCUAUCUCAUGGUCUAAGGCUAGUUACUACAGGAAAGAAAUUCUCCCACUGCUUAAAAAGCACAAGGUAAUCAAGUUCACCCACACUGACUCCCGUCUCGCCAACAACGGUCUCGCCUCCUCCAUCCAGAAGCUCCGCUGCCGCGCAAACUACAAAGCCCUUCGCUACACGCCCGAGAUCGAGGAACUCGGAAACAAACUCGUCGACAGACUGAGGACAGACGGCGAACCUUACAUCGCCCUUCAUUUGAGGUAUGAAAAGGACAUGCUGGCGUUCACCGGCUGCAGCCACAACCUGAGUCGAUCCGAGGCCAAGGAGCUCCGGUCGAUGCGAUACACCGUCAAGCAUUGGAAAGAGAAGGAGAUCAACAGCAAGCAGCGGAGGCUCCAAGGCGGCUGCCCGAUGUCACCGAGGGAAGCUGCCCUGUUCAUCAAGGCAAUGGGAUAUCCGUCUUCAACGAGAAUCUACAUCGUGGCUGGCGAAAUUUACGGCAACAACACCAUGGAUGCCCUCCGGGCAGAGUAUCCCAACAUAUACUCCCACUCGAGCCUCGCCACGCCGGAAGAGUUACAGCCGUUUGUUGAUUACCAGAACCGCCUCGCGGCCUUGGACUACAUCACCGCCGUGGAGAGUGAUGCGUUUAUUUAUACUUACGAUGGGAACAUGGCGAAGGCCGUACAGGGGCACCGGAAGUUCCAAGGCUUCCAAAGAACAAUCAACCCCGACAGGUUAACAUUUGUUAGACUGAUGGAUUCAUUGGACGAGGGGCGCAUUUCUUGGGAGGAAUUCAGUGCCGAAGUGAAGAGAUUACAUUUGGACAGAAUUGGUGGGCCUGAAAUAAGACAAAAUGGGCAAUUACCAAGAUUGGAGGAGAAUUUUUAUGCAAAUCCUUAUCCAGGAUGCAUCUGCAACAAUAAUCUACAUCAAAAAUCUCUUACAAAGGUUUCUUCACAAUGAUUGAUCAUAUGAUGAUGGUAAGAAUAUUGUCAAAAUCAUUAUACUGCAAUGAUAAAUGAUUGAAGGAUGGAUCUGGCGUUGGAGUCCCGGGAGCUCCUCUCGGGUGGAGGGUCAGAAGCAGAGUUCCGGCUAUUGUAUUGCAGAGGCGUGUAUAGAGAAAAGGUAAUUAAUUGUUAGCUUUAGAGGCACACAUUACACACAUUUUUAUAUUGAGAAAGAAAGAAAGAAAGAAAUAAAAUAUAUUCCAUUGAUUUUUUUCA